AUCGGUGAUGCUGACACGAAAGUGAAACUAAAAGUGAUAGGCUACAACACAGGUUCGGUUCGGUUAGGUUACUGAAAUCGAUCGGUUACCGUCAAGUCAGCUUUAGAACGAUAUGGGCGUAUACUGAGAAACAACCUCAUCGUUGUGGUAAAUAAGACUUGCGAUUCUGUUCAGUGCGCACAGAGAAGUAUUGAGGAGAGAGAGAGCGCCUCGCGAACCAUCUGCACGCUCAAGUCAAUACAUUUUAAAUUUAGGGUUACCAAACAGGAAGAGCUAGAAAGAGACAGCAUGUCUAAUGCCAGACUAAUGCCUUCGCCCAUAUGUUUGGUGGAGAAUGUGAACGGAUCACUCAGCGCCUGUAAGGAUGCCAUUGAGUUCCUGAGUAGGAUCCAUGAGCCGGUGGUGGUGGUGUCUGUGGUAGGACUCUACCGUACGGGGAAGUCCUAUCUUAUGAACCGCCUGGCUGGACAACAGUCAGGCUUUGCUCUUGGCAAUACUAUUGAGUCGAAGACCAAAGGCAUCUGGAUGUGGUGUGUUGCACACCCCUAUAAAGAAGGACACACUCUGGUGCUGCUGGAUACAGAGGGACUUGGGGACGUGGCCAAAGGAGACUCUAAGAAUGACAGCUGGAUCUUCUGUCUGGCUGUUCUGCUCAGCAGCACAUUGGUGUACAACAGCCGCGGCACCAUCGAUAACACUGCAGUGGAGAAGCUGCACUAUGUUGCUGAGCUCGCUGAGAAUAUCAAGAUCAGAUCGACAGAAGUAGCAAAUGAGGAGGAGGAAGAAGAAGAUUUUAAGUUUGUGCAGUUUUUCCCAUCAUUCACCUGGGUUGUGAGAGAUUUCACCUUGGAAUUGGUAAUUGAAGGAAAGAGAGUGACUGAGGACGAGUACCUUGAAUUUGCCCUCCAGCUCAAAAAAGGUGUGAGCAAGAAAGUCAGUGACUACAACCUGCCUCGUCAAUGCAUCCGAAACUAUUUCCCAUCCCCCAGGAAGUGUUUCGUGUUCCCUUCUCCAGCCUCACCUGAAAACAUGACACGUUUAGAAAGCUUGCAAGAACGAGACCUUGUACCUGAUUUUCUGGAGGUCACGGGUCGUUUCUGUGACCACAUCUUUCACAAUAGUGUUGUGAAAACAGUGAAAGGAGGACACAGAGUUACUGGCAAAUUGCUCGGACAUCUGGUUAAGAUUUAUGUAGACACAAUCAGCAGUGGUAAGGUGCCCUGUCUGGACAAUGCAGUUGUUGCUCUUGCAAAUCUAGAGAACCAGACAGCUCUUCAAGAAGCUUUCAAAGCAUAUCAGAUUGGGAUGGAAAAGGUGAAGAACAAGUUCCCAGUAGGUGUGGAUGAUAUUUCCUCAGAGCACCAGAAGUUUAGCAGUCUGGCCACCUCUGAGUUUAUGAAACGCUCCUUUAAAGAUGAAAAACAAGAAUACCUGAAAAAACUCGUGGAAAAAGUAGAUAUGUACUAUGCAGGUUUGCUGCAAGAGAAUGUGAUGGCAUCAGAGAAAAAGUGCAGAGAUCUGCUGAAGAAUCUGUUCUCUGACAUGAAUAAAUGGCUGCAGGAGGGAAAGUACAGUCAAUCUGGAGGAUAUGAACUCUAUUGCAGAGACAGAGACACCAUUGUUGAACAUUACUGCAGAGAACCCAAUAAAGGUGUAUCGGCUGAAGCCGUGCUGAAUGAGUUUCUGAAUGAGCGAGGACCAGAAGCAAACAGCAUCCUCUACACAGAUACAAAACUCACUGAAAAAGACAGAAAGAUUCAAGAGGAAAAGGAAAAGAAUGCUCUGCUGGAACAGAAGUAUAAAGAGGAAGAGGAGAAACGCAUUGAGAGUGAGCGAAUGAUGCAGGCAGAGAAAGAGCGGCAGCAGGACCAGAUGAGGCAGAUGCAGGAGAAGUUCAACAAGGAGCUGGAGCAGCAGCAGCAGGAGAUGGACAGAGCCAUUGAGAGCAAACUGAAGGAGCGGGAGGAGAUGCUAAAGAAAGGCUUUAGCGAGAAAGUUGAUCUCCUGGAUGAAGAGAUAGCGAAUCUAAAAAAAGAAAAGGAAAGUUCUGGUGGUUUAAUGAAGGAAUAUGUGGUGCCUAUUUUAGGAGCUGUGGCAGAAAUCCUUCCAACUAUCCUUAAUUAUAAAGUGCUGAUGAAAGGACUCAAAAAAAUAUAAUUACCCGUUACAUCACAAAUUGAUUUAUUCAUAUAGCUUACAAGACACAAAGUAGGUUUUUAUUUUGUUGUACUGUGUUUUCUUUGUUAAUGAGUAGCAUCCUAAUUCACAUACUUAAUGUACUGUAUACUGUGUAAUAAAAGUAUGUCCUAUGUUGCUGGUGAUGGGAGUUUGGGUUCUUUGCCACUUUUGCCUCUUGGCUUGGGGGACGCUUCAGAAUUUUCACUGUUUUUCACCUACUGUUUUUCAAAUGCCAUGAAUUGUGACCUACUGCACAUGCUGUUUUUUUUUUUUGUUUUUUUUUGUGAGAAGUAUUUGAUUUCGGACACAGAGACUAUUGGAUGAGAAACUGAACUGGGCUUGAUGAUGACAUAAUUGUUCUCUCCUGAGCUGCUUUAUAGAUUGAUUGAACUCAUACUUACAUAACGCAGUUCUUGAACCAAACUGAAUCAACAAUGAAAUGACUUCUACUGGAUAAUUAAAAUGUUUACUAUUGUCUUUUUUAGAGCUGCUUUACAGAAUUGAAUUUUGUUUGCAUCAUUUGAAUCAGCAUUUUCCUGUAAAGCUGCUUCAAAACAAACUGUAUUAUAUAAAGCACUGCAUAAAUAAAGAUGACUCGACUUAGUAAGA